GUAUUACGAAGCUGAUUCGCUAGGUUGUCCGCUUUUGUUACUUUACACUUCCCGACCCAAUCAACCGCUAUGAGGCGUGCCGAUGUAGUGUUAAGAGGUAUAGGGAGCCGCUAGCAUGGUUGCGUUCCGAAGACGCUUCCCUUAGGUCUUUGUCAACAACGAUGGCUGGCACCAGCACGAAGGCGUCACGGACCACCCAACAGCAGCUACAGGAGGAGAACUACAGCCUCCGGAUACAAGUAUCAAAGCUUCAGGUGGCACUGCGAAGUGCCUUGAGCCAAAAGGGGACCAGCACGGGGAGCGGCAGCAACCCUGCGGAAGUGCAUGUGCCAAAGCACCAACUCGACUUGAUAUUGGGCGAGUUGGCAGCGUUGCGGCAACAACUUGGCCAGCUUACCGAGGAGAACCGGGGCCUGCAGGUGCAGCUCCGUGAGGCGCAGGCCGCGUCAGCUGCAGCAGUGGCAGGCGAGGGUCCGUGGGCCGCUUCCGCGCCGUCACCAGCAGCCGGCCAGGACCGCCUGACGAGAGGCGACAUGGCGUUCAUCGAACGGGAGAUCAUCAGUCUCAAGCAGAAGAUCAACGAAACGCGCAACAAGCUGCAGGCAGCGGAGCCCCGGACGCCCUGCGAAGGGCUAUGCACGCCUCCCACUUUGCGUGACCUGCCGCCCAACAACGGGCCGGCUGCAGUGCGUCAGGGCGGGCCCAUGGCCGUGAAGACCGGAGCAGUCGGCGUUACGGUCCCGCAGGCGGCUCACAACGCCCCGAUCCGUGCAAACCUAUCUCGGCCCUCAUCUAUAAUACGUGGCCGUACCGCACAAGUCCAAGCAAACAAGAAGCCCACGCAACCAGCACAACGCCCGGCGAAGGAGAACCGCGCCAAUCCGAUCGGCAGUGUCAACCCGCCGGUACGGGGCAAGUUGCAGCGCGGCCGUGUCGCUUUUGACUAAACGGUGCCGACACAAUAGGUGGCGUGAUCCUCUCGUCCCUGACAAGGUUCGUUCCAUAUGAAACCAAGAUUGAGUUCGUUAAGCCUGCAACCCCCUUCGUCAUCACCGUGCUCGGCUCAGGCCUAGCCGCUUGAGCAGCUCAUCUGUCUCCCCGCGAAUGGCCGCUACUCGGUCCACAGUCUCAGCGCGGUCGCGUGCGAGCUC